AUGUCAGCGAAACAACCUGUAGUAGGGAUCAUAGGGAUGGGAGAUAUGGGGAGGAUGUACGCUAAACGAUUGAAAGCGGGAGGUAUAAAUACGAUAUAUGUCUGUGACAAGCCUGGUUCUUACGACUCACUAGUGAAAGAGUUUGAAGGAACCGGUAUAAUACCGUUGGAGAAUGGACAUUACGUAUCUCGAUUAUCGGAUUUCAUCAUUUAUUCAGUUGAAGCGGCGGCUUUGACAUCCGUAGUUAGGGAAUAUGGACCCUCGACAAAAGUAGGAAGUGUAGUUGCUGGUCAAACAAGUGUUAAAGCACCUGAAAAAGAAGCUUUCGAGAAAUGGUUACCUAGAGAUGUGGGAAUCACCAGUGUGCAUAGUUUACAUGGUCCUACUGUAACUACUGAGGGUCAACCUUUGAUAAUAAUCCAUCAUCGAGGUCCCGAAUCCAAUGUACGAAUGGUAGAAGAUAUAUUUAGAUCAUUCAAAAGUAGAUAUGUCCAUUUGAGUUAUGAAGAACACGAUAUGGUCACCGCAAAUACGCAAGCAGUAACUCAUGCUGCCUUCCUCAGUAUGGGAACAGCAUGGAGAAAUUCAUCUUCAUAUCCAUGGGAAACUGCAAGAUACGUAUCGGGAGUAGAAGUAGUCAAAGUCAAUAUAACACUCAGAAUUUAUGCUGCUAAAUGGCACGUUUAUGCUGGAUUAGCUCUAUUAAAUCCUUCAGCACAAAGUCAAAUUCAACAAUAUUCAAGAUCCGUUACUGAAUUAUUCAAAUUAAUGGUUGAAAAUCGGAAAGAAGAAUUGGAGAACAGAGUUUGGGAAUCUAGAGAAAAAGUGUUUGGUUGGUCAAAACUGCAAGAACCAUCUUCUUCUGCUUCGUCGCCAUCAUCAUCAUCAUCUGCAUCUACCAUCACUUCUGAUCUAAAGGAAAAUGGUGAAAUAGGAAAAGGUAGAGAUCCAAUAUUAUUAAGUGAAGAUAUAUUAGAUCAAUUCAGUUUAGGUAAUAAACCAUCUACUAGAGAGAAAGAAAGUCCAAAUAGUCAUCUAAGUCUAUUAGCAAUGGUUGAUUGUUGGGCUAAAUUAGGCAUAAGACCUUAUGAACAUUUAGCUGUUGCCGGUACGCCAGUAUUCAUGUUAUGGAUAGGCGUAGCGGAAUACCUGUUCCGUUCACCAACUUUGCUUUCUUCAGCUAUUCAAGCAGCUUUAUCAGAUCGUAUACACAGACCGGAUGACGUAGAAUUCGUAGUUGCUGCAAGAGGUUGGAGUGAAUGUGUCAGUUUCGGUAAUUUCGAUUUAUACAAAAAGCGAUUCGAAGAAACUUCAAACUUCUUCUCACCACGUUUCGAAGAAGCUACUAAACUUGGUGGGAGGAUGAUCAAAGCUAUUCAAGAUAUGCAAGCUGGUAAACCAACUGCUGGUCAACCUAAUGUACAAUGA